AUGGAAGAAAGUUCUGAAAAAAUUUCGGAAAACUUCAAAAAAGAUUCAAAGGAUGUCAAAAACGAUUCAAACGAUGUCAAAAAAGAUUCAAAGGAUGUUAAAAAGGAUUCAAAAGAGGAUGUCAAAAAGGAUUCAAAAGAUGUUAAAAAAGAUUCAAAAGAUGCUAAAAAAGAUUCAAAAGAUGUUAAAAAAGAUUCAAAAGAUGUUAAAAAAGAAUCAAAGGAUGUCAAGAAAGAUUCAAAAGAUGUCAAAAAAGAUUUAAAAGUUUCAGAAAAAGAAGAUGUAAAAAAAGAACAGAAAACAAAAGAAUUAGAAAAGAAAGAAUCUACAGUAAAGGUAUCAUCUGGCAAGAAAGAUCUUUCAAGCAAAGAUUCACAAUAUACAGAAUCCAUUCCAGCAUCUGCCAUUCUUGAAGAUGAAGAAUCUGAAAAAAAGAAAAGACGAGGGCCUGUAGGCAAACUUUUAUUCAAAGUCGGUGAACGUAUUGGGAUCGUUGAGCAAACGCGUCUUGCGCCUGAAUUUGUCACGGAAAUUGAAAAAUAUUACAAAUAUCAAGAAGAUAUUGAUAGUUUGGUUGAUAAAUUGGAAAAUGUUUUGCAAAACGAUGAAAGUGUCCUUCAACAAGGCAAUAUAGAAUGUGCUGAAAAUAAUGAUCCAUAUGAAAUACUUGCUCACAGUAUUAAGGCCUUUCGACCUUUGCAGCAUGAAAAUGUUAAAGAAACAUUAAUUACUGCAGAAGCUGUUGUAAAACGCCUAGCUAUAAUGAAUAGAGAAAUGCAAAUAAAAGGUCGUCGAUCUAUUCGUAAAAUGCGACGCUUUGUAGCACAGGAACGAGUAGCAAUGAUUGAAGCUCAGAAGAAAUUGAUGCAAGCUCGAGAUAUUAUGGAUGCUGCAAGACAUGAGGCCCUGAAGCAAACUCGAACCACAGAUAUGGUCGAAGAAAAAGGUAAGUUUUAUGAGCGAAUGGUCAUCGAGUUUGAUCAGCAAGCUGCGCGAGUUGCAGCUUUUCCUGAGCACUUAGAUGUUGACAAGGAAGAACAUCAGAAAGAACUGUUUAAUGUCAGAGUUCAAAUUUUUGCAUCGUGCUGCUAA